CCAUUCUUCCAUUUGUAGCUCUCGGUUAUAAUUAUCGGUAAGAGAGUGACGGAGAGCGGUUUUGUACGAUCUGAUGAAGGAGGAGAACGGCGGCGGCGAGACAGUCCGUGAAGGUGAUGCCGCGGCGCCGGCGCCGGUGGCUCCGAGGGCGGGGGCGCCACCGCGGCCCACCAUAACCCUCCCUCCCCGUUUCGCCCUCGAGAGCCUUUUCCACUGCGGCGGCGGCGGCGCGGGCGCCUCCGAGGUGAGCCCCGGCCCGUUGACGCUGGUGUCGAGCUUCUUCGCGGAUGACCCCGAAUCGGAGUGCCGGUCCUUCACUCAGCUGCUCGUCGGUGCGAUGAAUUCUCCGGUGGCAGCGGCGAGGAGGACGGUGGGCUCCGCGGGGGAACAGGGGAAGGAGGUGGAGAAGCGCUCCAGCGGUGGGGAACUGGAGAGCGGUGGCGGGUUGGUCCUGUUGGGGCAGAAUAGGCCGCCGAGUCUGGCGAUUAGCCAGCCGCAAUAUUUCACUGUACCGCCAGGGUUGAGCCCUGCGAGCUUGCUUGAUUCUCCUGCGUUCUUCUCAUCUGGCCUGGGGAAUUUUGCAAUGUCCCACCAAGAGGUCCUUGCUCAAGUCACAGCCCAGGCUGCACAAUCUCAGUUUAGAAUGUCAAGUCAGGCAGAAUUCCCAUCACCUUUCUUAACAGCAGCAGCAACUACUUCCUCACCACAGCAACUAAUCCCAAAGAUACCUACUCUUAAACCAAUUGAUACUGUAUUAGAAUCUGCAGAAGGUUUCCAAUCUGACCAAAGAUCCCAACCUACUACAACCAUUGUUGAUAAACCUGUGCAUGAUGGCUACAAUUGGCGGAAGUAUGGUCAGAAGGUUGUGAAAGGGAGUGAAUAUCCUAGGAGUUAUUAUAAAUGCACCAAUCCAAACUGCCCAGUUAAGAAAAAGGUAGAACGCUCAGUAGAUGGUCAAGUAACCGAGAUAAUCUACAAGGGCCAACAUAAUCAUCAAUGCCCUCUACCAAAUAAGCGUGCCAAGGAAGGUGGCAGUUUGCCUAGCAGAUCACAUGAGACAAAUGGAAACCUUGAUAAUCCUAACCUAGUCUCUCUGGAUCAUGAUGGAAAUUUUGGCAAACUAAACAACAUAAAGGUUGUUCCAAUUACCAGAAAAGAUCAAGAAUCUGGUUAUGAGACGCCUGAACAAAUAUCUGGGUCAACUGAUGGCGAAGAAGUGGCUGAUGUUAAGGCAGAUGUGGGAGAUGAUGGUGAACGUGAACCUAAAAGAAGGAACAUGGCAGCUUCUUCUCAGAAGACAUUGACUGAGCCUAGGAUCAUUGUGCAGACAAGAAGUGAGGUUGAUCUUUUGGAUGAUGGGUUUAGAUGGCGUAAAUACGGGCAAAAAGUAGUGAAAGGAAAUCCUCAUCCAAGGAGCUAUUAUAAGUGCACUUUUGCAGGAUGCAAUGUCAGGAAGCAUAUUGAGAGAUCACCAACAGAUCCCAAGGCUGUAAUAACAACAUAUGAGGGAAAACAUAACCAUGAUGUGCCAGCUGCUAGAAAAAGCAGCCAUGACACAGUAACUUCUGGUGCUGCUUUAAAAAAUGCAUGAUCUGAUCAAGUUUCCCUUGUGUCUAUGAAGCUGCAAUUGUCUACCUUGAAGAAAGAACACGAGAACACCUAGUUUCUUUAGCUUUUGCUGUUAUGAUCUUAAUUUAUGGAGCAAAGCUCACACUGUAAUGUGCUGCAUUUCUUGGUCGCGAUGGCUUAAAAGUAAGUUCAGCAGCACACCUACAUUGUGCUUAUCAGGUUCUUAUGUAACUUUAUGUGACCUAGCCCUUACUUUUUUUCUUUUGUGCUAUUUAUGUACCCACUCAUGUCCACCCUUGAUGAUUAUUGCUUAAUUGUGCAUUUCUUUUGGUUCCUGCUCAAGGAAUUGACAUCCACUGUUGUAUAUCUUUUGUACAACAUAAAAAGAAGCAAAUUGUUGUA